CCAGUCCCAUAAAAAGGACGGAGACUGGGUCCUAGGCACCAGGCAAAUCCUUGGACUGCUCAGCAGAACAGAAGUCACGAUGGCACAGAGCACCAAGAUCCAGGCUGCCUGUCUCCUGCUUCUCCUCAUCGCCAGCCUGACCAGCAGCACCCUUCUCCAGCAGCUGGUGAGACAGCCUGAAGCCCUACAGCCUCGGCACAGGACAGAAGCCAGGGCCGACAUGUCGUUCCUGCUCCCAAAUCGAAAGAAGCGAGACACCAACUUCCCAAUCUGCCUUUUCUGUUGUGGAUGCUGUAAUAAAAGUCAACCAUGUGGCUUCUGUUGCAAAACAUAGAGCCGUGUGCCCCAAUCAACACCCCCCAGCCUCCCCACAGCCCCCUGUUUAUUUAUAAGCUUGAAAUAAAGGUGAUGAUUUAAUUUUAAACUACA